AUGGGUCGUGUUAAACUUGAGAUUAAAAGAAUAGAGAACACAACAAAUCGACAAGUUACAUUUUCAAAGCGAAGAAAUGGUCUCAUCAAAAAAGCUUAUGAGUUAUCAAUUCUUUGUGAUAUUGAUAUUGCCCUUAUAAUGUUUUCUCCAUCAAAUCGUCUUAGUCAUUUUUCGGGUAAAAAAAGGAUAGAGGAUGUUUUAACUCGGUACAUUAAUCUUCCUGACAAUGAAAGAGAUAAUGCUGUCAGUUUUCCAGAGCUGCCCUACCGGAGGGGUAUUCAGAACAAAGAGUAUUUACUCAGGACGCUUCAGCAAUUGAGAAGUGAAAAUGACAUAGCUCUUCAUAUGUCCAAUCCGGGAGACAUUAACUCUGAGAUUGAGGAACUCCAACAAGAAGUUAGUAGGUUACAACAACAACUUCAAAUGGCAGAGGAGCAGAUAAGGAUAUACGAACCCGAACCAUUAAAGAUGACAUCUAUGGCGGAGCUCGAAACAAGUGAAAAAAACGUUGUAGAAACCUUGGCACGUGUCAUGCAGAGAAAGGAACUUUUAUUGAACAACCAGCUAUCUUCAUAUGAUCCAUCUGGUAUUCAGGGGAUGCCGACAUCAUUCGAGAAUGUAGGUUGGUUACAGGAUGGUACCCAAAAUCAUCCCCAUUUGUUUGAUGCAUCAGCUCCUUUGGAUCCUCUCAGGGAUUUGUCCUCUACGGUGUAUGGUUCAUUUUCACAAGGGACGAGUUCAAAUGUUGACCAAAGAGGAAUAGGAGAGUGCCACGUGGCAAACCCAAAUGAUGCCAAGUGGGAGAAGCCGGCAAGAGGGAGAUACAAGUGUAAUAUUGAUGCGUCGUUCUCGUCUCAACUUAGCCGUGUUGGUAUUGAUAUGUGCAUCUGUGAUGAUGAAGGUAGAUUUGUGCUCGCGAAGACUAUAUGGAAAUCACCAAUCUGUAAUGUGGAUUUAGGCGAGGCACUUGGUCUUCUGCAUGCCAUCCGGUGGGUUCAAGAGCUGCAACUUGGUAAUGUGGAUUUUGCUAUGGAUUUGUAUCAUGGAAGUCUAAGAAACAGACCAUUUUGGCACAGUCCACUAUGGAAUCUGAAAUGA